AUGUCGUGGCAACCUGAAGAACAGACAUUACGGCAGCUGGCGCAGUGCCUGAAGGACUCGCUUGGCGGUCACGAUGCGAAUGCACGCAAGAAUGCCGAAAUUAUGCUCAGGACUGCUAGGGCCUCGCCUGAUUUUGACAAGUACCUGGCAUACCUCUUCUCCAGCACCCAGCCUCCGUCAGGCGUCGAUAUGGACGGAUCCCUCUAUUUCCAAGCGCGCGCGGCAGCCGCCAUCAUGCUGAAGAACGAUGUAAAGACAUCGUUGAAGACCAUGGACGAGAAUACAACAAGUUACAUCAAGAACAUCAUCAUGAUCGGACUGCAAGAUUCGAACAAGCAGAUGCGCCUGUAUGCCGGAAACGUCAUCACUGAGGUAGUGCGACAAGGUGGCAUUAUGGGAUGGCCUCAAAUCCUCUCAGAUCUUGUCAACAUUGUCAGCAAUGCGAACGGCAACUCUUCUGUUCAGGCACAGGAAGGCGGUAUGAGUGCUCUGUUGAAGAUCUGUGAAGACCACAGGAGAGCGCUAGACAAGGAAUACCAGGGUCAGCGACCUUUGAGCUUCAUCUUCCCAAAGCUUCUCGAGCUUACCACAAGCCCCGUCCCCAGGGUUCGCGCUGAUGCGAUAGCGGCGAUCAACAUCUUCAUCCCGGACAAGCUGCAGGUCGUGCUCUCCAACAUCGACGCAUUGAUGCAACAGCUGUUCUCCAUCGCCAGCGACACAAGCGAGGAUGUCAGAAAACAGGUCUGUCGAGCCUUUAUUCAUGUAGCCGACAUUGCUCCGGAAAAGAUGCUGCCGCACAUGAGUGGCCUGGUCGACUACAUGGUUGCGCAGCAACGUAGCAAAGAUGACGAGGAGUUAGCUCUGGAUGCCGCUGAAUUCUGGCUUUGUGUUGCUGAGGAUGCAAGACUGCGCGAUCACCUCGGUCCUUAUCUGGCGAAGAUCGUGCCCGUACUCCUCGAGAGCAUGAUCUACAGCGAGGACGAUGUUCUGCGUCUCGAGGGCGAAGAGGAGGACUACAAUGUCGACGACCGGGAACAAGAUAUCCGACCAAAUUUCGCAUCGAGCAAGUCGGGGCGCAUGACAACAAAUGCCGACGGCGAGACGAUUCUCACUAACGGUGCUGGGGUCGACGACGACGAUCUCAGUGACGGUGAAAUCGAGGACUACGAUGACGAUGAUUCAAUCGGCGAUCCAGAGGAUGCAUGGAAUCUGCGGAAAUGCUCAGCUGCAGGAUUGGAUGUACUUGCAGGAGUGUUCCACGAGGCAGUCUUCGAGGCGACACUUCCAUACCUCACAUCAAACCUCAACCACGCUGAGUGGCCCAACAGAGAGUCUGCUGUCCUUGCUCUCGGUGCUAUUGCCGACGGUUGCAUGCACGUCGUCCAACCCCAUCUCCCCAUGCUUACCCCUUACCUCAUCACGCUUCUGCAGGAUCCCAAGCCUGUCGUUCGAAAGAUCACAUGUUGGACCUUGGGUCGCUACUCUGGAUGGGCAGCGCGUCUCGAUCAGGCUGGAAAGCAGCAAUAUUUUGAGCCCAUCAUGGACGGUAUCCUGAAGAAAAUGCUGGACAGCAACAAGGGUGUGCAAGAAGCUGCAGCAUCAGCUUUUGCACAUCUAGAGGAGAAGGCGAACACCCAGCUUUCUGAGUACUGCCCUGUCAUCGUCCGCCAGUUCAUCCAGUGUUUUGCGAUGUACAAGGACAAGAACAUGUACAUUCUGUACGACUGUGUUCAGACUCUUGCUGAGCACGUCGGACCAGCGCUCGCUCAGGACGAGCUGGUCGCCAUGCUGAUGCCGGCUCUUCUGCAACGCUGGAACAAGGUGUCGGAUCAUUCAAGGGAGGUCAUCCCACUUCUCGAAUGUCUCUCAUAUGUGGCAACUGCGCUUGACAGCAAGUUCUCUCAGUACGCUGGUGGCAUCUUCGCGAGGUGUGUCGGCAUCAUCCAUCGAAACCUUCAAGAAAGCCAGAUGGCCACCGAGAACCCAAGUCUCGAGAUGCCUGACAAGGAUUUCCUGAUCACUGCCGUGGACCUUUUGAGUGCCAUGAUCCAAGCCCUCCCUCCACAGGACAGCGCCCAAUUGGUGGCAGGAACUCCAAACUUCUUCCAGCUCCUUGCUAUCUGCAUGAGCGACUCCAGUAACGAUGUGAGACAGUCGGCCUACGCUCUGCUCGGUGAUUGCGCUAUCUGCGUUUUCGAGCAACUCCAGCCUUGCCUACCUGCCAUCCUUGAGAUUCUUAUUGUUCAGCUCGAGCCCUCACCCGCACAGAUCGGCCACGAUGAGUCGGGAUACUCGGUCAUCAACAAUGCUUGCUGGUCAGUCGGAGAAAUUGCUAUGCAGCAGAAGGAGGGGAUGCAGCCUUACGCCGAGCGAUUGCUUCAGAAAAUUGGCACAAUACUGUUCGACAGCAAGGUGCCGGAGUCACUCAAUGAGAACGCCGCUAUUGCUCUCGGUAGGCUCGGCUUAGGCUGUGCUCAAUAUCUCUCCGUGCAUCUUGCUCAGAUGGCGCCCGCAUUUCUACGCGCCAUCAGCAAGGUCACGUGGAACGAUGAGAAAGGCCAUGCGCUGGCCGGCUUCAUGCAGAUAGUCCUGGCAAAUCCAGGCGCAAUGGAGCAGUCUCUUCUGGAGUUCUUCAGUUUGAUGGCUUCUGCUGACCGGAACUUCGUCACUGGACCAUCUGGUCAGAACUGUCGUCAACCAUUCAAGACGAUUAUCGAGCAAUACAAGAGCAUGAUCUCGGAUUUCGACAGCUUCCUGGACGGCCUCCCGGGUGACCAGCAGGUCACCUUCCGUGAGCUGUACGUUGUUUAG